AACAUUUUUGUCUCCCUUUUUUACUUCGCAGCAUGGGUGGGAUCCCUGUGCAUGGCGUGUGCGUCGUUCUUUGGACCUUUGGCGGCAAAACUGUGUGAUCGGCUUGGCUGCCAGGCCGUCAGCAUAUGCGGCGCUUUGAUAUGCAUCGCCAGCCUUUUGGCCAGCUCUCUAGUGCCCUACAUGUGGAUGUUAUACUUAACCUACAGCUGUUUGUAUGGAUUUGGCGCUAGCUGUGUUCACACUGCUCUGUUUCUAGUGGUGUCUGCGUCUUUUGAUAAGGGACGAUCUUUAGCCACAGGGACUCUUGUGGCGGGUCAUGCUGCAGGCAUCAUGAUCGUGUCUCCUGUUUUACAGAUUUUACUUGAUAAUUUCAGUUGGCGAACUUCAUUUCUCAUAUGGGCCGGUUUGACUUCCCCCGUUUGUGUAUUUGGUUUCUUUUUCCAUAGCAACUUGAAGAAAGGCCUCGGUUAUCGAAGAAGGUCAACAAACGAUCAGGAUGAGAGUUAUUCGCAAAAAUUUUCAAUCUGGAGACAUCCGCCGUUUGUAGUUUAUACAGUGUCAACUACCAUUUUGUAUCUUGGACUUCAUACUCCACAAGUUCAUAUGGUGAGCCUAGAACAUGAAAUUACCACACCCCUUUUUCUGUCUAGAAUAGUAGCAUGCCCCUCCUCCCCCUCUCCAGUUGUAUAACUGGCGGUUUUUCGGGCGUCGUAGCCCUUCGUUGCCGCGAUGAAAUUAAUAAAGGCACAGAAAUCACAAAAGCGAGAGGCGGCACGUAAAACGCCAAACACAUAUUUACCAGUAGCACCAUCUAUUUUCUGCUUUCAACAUGUUGACUUCAGCGCUUACAUGUAGGCACUGUGGUCUUAGGACAUUACAAUUUAACUCCCAUCAGAGUUAAUUGAUGGUCAGUCUUUAAAAUUCUGACUCCAAUUCACUCCCUACACUGUACGCUUGUGGGUCAUUGGUUUUUGUUAAUUUUGUGGAUGCACCCGACGCCUCUUCUAAGGGUUAAUUUAGACACAUUGAGCUCUUUGGUUAGCACAACGGACGAAAGGCAGUCACAGCUUUUCUUUUGCCAAGAUCAUUUUCCAUUUCCGACUGCAACUCUGCCUUUUUUUUCAAACCUUUUAAGUGGUCGAUUGUUCUCGAAAUGACCCGGGAAACGCGACCAGUCCAUAAUUCUUGACCACCUUGGAUUCAAACUAAGUUUAGAGGAUUUUUGUUUGGAAUAAGGACGAUACCGUUCGAAGUAAUAAUAGAUUUGUCUUUCUCUUUAAAAGGCAAGCUUCUGCAGAGAUCUUGGUAUCCAAAGUAAACAAUCUUCGAUGUUAUAUCUCGGGUUUGGACUUGCUUCAGUGAUAGCCAGAUUGGUUGUUGGAAAACUAUGUGACAAGAGAUUUCACGCACAGCACAUCUUUCAGGUUAGAGUAAUCUGCGCCCAGGAUCUCAGCGUCGUGGCACGAAUAAUAAAGCUUGCAAGAUUCGAGCCGGCAAGCGAGACAAGCGUGCGAGAGGUCUGCCAGAACCUCGCGGACACCUCGCGCGUCCACAUCACAAGCCUGCACGAAACACGCACGCUUCGGCGCUUAUAUCGUAAGCCUGUCGAUUAAAAACCCGCUUAAGGGCUAAGGCUAGGGUAACUGUUACAACAUUUACUACGCGCUGAUGAUUGACAAUUGAAUUAGCCUCGACCAACUGUAGUCUCUCCUUUACUAAAUCAAGCUGGGGGGAAAGACAGAAAAGGCGUCUAUGGGGUGGGGGGUGGGGAGCAGAGAAAUACCAGACGAAGUCAAGCCUUUCCCCUUAUAUCUUGAACACACAUUCUUCGAGUCCCCCAUGCAAACACAUUAAUCUUCUUUUUUAUCUAAGAGUUUGAUUGGCUGAAUAAUCUCUUGUUUCAUUGUUGCAAUGGAUUACUGUUUCGUAAGAAGCUUAGCAAAACGUGCAAUUUAUGGACUGUUCCAAAGUAAUCGUUAUAUUUAGCCUGUAAGUAUUCCAUCAGUUUACUGAAAAUAAACAACUCCUUUCCUUUGCAUUUGAAUUAAUCGAAGGAAACAUUCAAUUUGUCCCAAAUUACUCUAAUUGCCAAAUUGAGCUUAUUUCGCCCCAAUGCUGUGAUUAAUCUCACUGUUUUACUGACCGAUCUGAGCGCGUGUGAGGUGAAAGCCCUGAGAAAUGACCCGCAAAAACUAUCAAAUUGAUAGGUAACAACAUGUAUCAUAAUACAGACCUUGCAGUACAAUUAAAAAUGAUUUGUUUUCUUUUCCCUUCGCAUACUAGGUAGCAGGAUUUGUGAUGGGUAGCGCCACACUGCUGUGCCCCGUUAGCUCCAGGAGUUAUGCUCUCCUCAUGGUCUAUUUCGUGACCUUUGGUUUCGCAGAGGGGUCAUCGGCCACGCCCAUCAAUUAUCUUAUUUUAAACUGUGUACCUGUCACUCAUCGUUCCAAGUCCUUUGGUUUCUGGUUAUUUUUCUUAUCUUUCACUAUGGCUGUUGGACCUCCGUUUGCAGGUAUUAAACUACAGGCAAACAACCCUGUGAGUGUAACGACAUGUGAAAACUAUGAGAGAAUUGUGGUGCGGUUACGAAUAAAGGCACUGAAAAUAAAAAGAUUUUCAACGUGUGUUGAAACCUCAAAUAAGGGAAAAGAAAUGUCAUUGUACCAAAAAUUAACCGUUUUCUACCUCUCCAUGCUAUUUAAAAUGCCAUUUUACAGAAACAGUCCCGAUCGUUUCACUAAAGAUUUUCAGACCACAAUGGAUUGAAAGUGUUACUAUUCGGUGCUCGUGACCGCCAGACAACCUUUUAUGCUUCUGUAUAGUAUGUUUUACCACUCAACACACCCAUAGAAUGGUCCGCCUGAGAUCAAACCGCAAAAAUUCAGUUUUUAAGCUAAGCUUCUCCCUUUAUUUCCUAAGUCCUUUCUUCUCUUUUCUACCAAGUUUUGUUUUGUUUUUUUCAUUUUUUCACUCAGCUGAGCAUGGCGAGGGAGGCAGGUCACUUUGUUCUCUAAUGAAUUCUUGUAGUUGAAGUAAAGAAGUUUGAGUCUAAUAUCUAAGAACUUAACAAGUGUUCGUAACCUGCAAUCACUGUUAACAGUUUAUAUUCAUGUUGUUUCAUUUGUUCCUUUUAGGUUUCAUUGCAGACGAGUUAGGAUCGUACAUACCUGCCUUCUACAUGUCUGGCUCGCUCAUAAUGAGCAGCGUGGUCGUAGUAUUUAUCCUACGUUAUUUCAAAAAACGAGAUGAUCUGCCGAAGAAUGAUGGCCAAACGCAAAUGAAGGUCUCGCCUGAGGAAAGUGAGACCGUGCUGUAACCCUCCUUUGCGAGGAAAUUGUACGGGUUUUGUUCUUUGUGCACAUCGUUCUGGCUCCUCUCGUUCGCUAAGGCCUCGCGCGGGGUAUAUUUUCCAUUGCACACAUCAUUUCCUGCUGCGUUGGAGUAUGUAUGACAUAAUCACAAAAUCCGUUAGCCUGUUUCAGAAUCUCGGUUUGUGGACAAGAGUAAAACAGCAAGCGGGCGACCCUGGUAGUGUGGUUCACAAAGAAAACAGCAUCUUUUCUUUCCAACAUCCCCACCACCCGUUCCCAGUCGUCUCCAAAAUGUGAAAUGUGUGCAGAGCUUAAGUAGGAGAGUUACGAAAGACGGAAAGGAGGAAACAACAUCGUCUUCUCCUCUCGCCUUCUCCCUACCUAUCGCAUUUCGCACUCCCACUCUGCCGGUGUUGCUUUCCUCUACUUUGAAAACCACCGAGAACAAGCCAGCGCCCCCUCGCUUUUUCAUAUGACUCCCCCUGACCGAGAGCCUCCGUGGGAGAGGCUGAAAUUUUUUAAAAUAAGGCUUUAGUCGAGGAAGCUCCGCUAAAUGCUACACCGAUAAAUAAAAACUUCUUAACAGACUGGAA